ACAAGACUCCAAUCAUUUGUUUAGAUGGAGCGUUGAGGUUUGAGACGAGAGGGAAGAAGAGAGCGUGCGGCCACGACUCGAAGAGGCAAUAUUGCAUUGCCUCGUUGCAUUCUUAUAUCAUUGCCCGCACCAUCGUGUGGAGAGAAAACGAGAGAGCAAAGGCACCUCCAUGAGGAAGCUGUGCCCGAACCUGGACCGAGAAGAUGGACUGGACACCGUCCUCGAAGUGCCCCUCCCGGAGGAGAUGUUCCUUUCCGGCGACAGCUCCAAGAGCAGCAAGACGCUCUGCAUCAACGUGAAGGCGUGGAUGCGGCCGCACGCCGACCCGUCGGCGCCGUGGCCCGUUGGCCGGGAGGCCGAGCUCCAGCUCCUGCUUGGUAUCCUCGGCGCCCCGCUCGUCCCGUUCCCAGUCCGGUCACAUAAAUCCACCCUCGUCCGCGGCAUGAAGGAGGCCCCGAUUGAAGUCUCCAUGGCUAAAUAUAUCCUGCAGCAAUACAUCGCGGCGUCGGGAGGGGAGCGAGCGUUGAACGCGAUAAACAGCAUGCACGCCAUGGGGAAGGUCCGGAUGAUGGCGUCGGAGUUCCCCAAGGGGAACGGGCGCGGAAAGAGGGUCAAGAAGUGUGGCGGCGCAGUGGAGACGGGCGGGUUCGUGCUGUGGCAGAAGAAACCAGACCUGUGGUGCCUGGAGUUGAUGGUGUCCGGGUGCAAGAUCAGCGCCGGGAGCGACGGCAAGGUGGCGUGGAGGCAAACCCCAUGGCACCAGUCUCACGCCUCCCGUGGCCUACCUCGACCUCUUCGCCGAUCUCUUCAGGGUCUUGAUCCGAGAUGCGCGGCCAACUUGUUCGCCAACUCGGUGUGCCUCGGGGAGAAGACGAUCAACAGGGAGGACUGCUUCGUGCUAAGGCUGGACGCGGAGGCGGCCACCUUACGAGCCCGAAGCAGCAGCGGCGUGCAAAUCAUACGGCACAGCUUGUGGGGGUACUUCAGCCAGCGGACGGGCCUCCUCGUCCAGCUCGAGGACUCCCACCUCCUCCGGAUCAAGUCCGCCCAGGAGAACGUGUACUGGGAGACCACCAUGGAGUCGCUCAUGGAGGACUACCGCCCCAUCGACGGCGUCAACAUCGCCCACACCGGGCGAACCACCGUGUCCUCGUUCCAGUUGGGCGAGGCUAGCGAGAGUCACACACGGACGCGGAUGGAGGAGACAUGGACCGUGGAGGAGGUGGACUUCAACAUACGGGGGCUCUCCAAGGACUGCUUCUUGCCACCGGCGGACCUGAAGCUGGCGGGGCGACGGCCAUGAAGUGUGCUCGCACACGCUUCAGGGGCCAACCUGCCGUUGCUAGGAUCAGACUGUCGUAGGUGGCCGUAGAUGAACAAUUCGAUCACUGUCAGUACAUACUGCACCAACGUAUACAGUUUUUAGUGUGCUAAUUAAUUUAAGAUGCAAAUGAAUCAUAAUUCAGCCAA